GCUGUUGUGUUUCCAGAGUAGGACCGGUGCCGCACAGCCCACUGCAGCCGCGGUAGGCUACUUCCGUUCCGCAGAGGGCGACAGGCAGCAGCCAGCCAAGACUGUGGCGGAGGUCCAGACACAAUAGACUGGGUCCCGGCUCUUCUCCAAUCCAAACCGGUAUGUCGGAUGAGGAUUCGCGUGCCAGCACCAGCUCUUCCUCAUCACCGCCUUCCUCCAGCCAAACCAGACAGAGGGACUCGCUUUGCAAAAAGAAACGGGAGAGCAAAGCCAGCAUGAGCAAGACCUCCAAGCUGCUUUCCACCAGCGCCAAAAGGAUUCAGAAAGAGCUGGCUGAUAUCACACUGGACCCUCCGCCAAACUGCAGCGCUGGCCCCAAAGGAGACAACAUCUAUGAGUGGAGGUCGACCAUCCUGGGACCCCCUGGCUCCGUGUAUGAAGGAGGAGUCUUCUUCCUGGACAUCGCCUUCACACCCGACUACCCUUUCAAACCCCCCAAGGUCACUUUCCGUACAAGGAUCUAUCACUGCAACAUCAACAGUCAGGGCGUGAUCUGUCUGGACAUCCUGAAGGACAACUGGAGCCCCGCCCUCACCAUCUCCAAGGUGCUGCUGUCCAUCUGCUCCCUGCUCACAGACUGUAACCCAGCUGAUCCCCUGGUGGGAAGCAUCGCCACCCAGUACACGACUAACAGAGCGGAACAUGACCGAACAGCCAAACAGUGGACGAAGAGAUAUGCUACAUAAAUCCACUGAGGACAAGCGUGGGAGGAAGAAGAGGAGAAGAAAGGAGAAGGAGGGCUGGGGGGGCUCAGGGUGGUUUGUGUCGGGGGGUUAUUUGUAUCUCAGAUUUUUAGUACUUUAUUGUCUGGUAUAUUUUUUCGCUUCCUGAUUAAGUUAUCUCCGCAAAUAUGGUAAUAAAGGAACACAAUGGAAAGGAA